AAAAUUCUGUUUUUAGCCGAUGGACUGUGAUCACGUGAAGCAAGUUUUCCCGCUCAUGGCCCUUGUAUAAAGCUUUCACACCUCUCUCUCUUGUGCCCUAGAGAUCUCUGAUACUGCAGCAAUGGCGGAAAGAUCUUUCCUUCUCCCGAUCUCUUCUUCUCAGAUCGGAAAGAGGACGCAAAACGCCCGGAGAGGGAUUUUUCCGGCGCCGGAGAAGUGGGUACACGCGAUUCCGGCGGUUGUUGUCUUCUGCUUCUUCGUCCUCUGGUGGUUUUCUCACUCGGUGAGCAUAGACAUCAACAAUGGACAGAUCUUGGCCUUCCAUCGCAUCGAGAACUCCCUCGCUGUCACCGUAGCUAGAAACGACACUCGUCUCGACAUGGCGAUCCUCGCUUCCUCCGCCAUUUCCCGAGCUUCGGAUUUCCCCUCUGGAAAUCAAAAUCGAACUCUGCAACAUUCAUCUCAGCCGGAAAAAUCAAGAUCACCAAACCAUGAGCCCUGACCCGAGAAGAAACGAUUGUAUCUUCUUGUUUACCUUCUCUUCUUGGUUUCUCUACUUUGAGAUGCUUUUUUUUUCCAGCAAUAUCAUCAGAUUCUGCAACUCUGCUUAUUUUCUUGCAAUGCACGUAACCGCAGAGUAAAGAUUUUAGAGUU